AAGCGGAUCCCUUCAGGCUUCCAGUGCAGAGCAGUGGCAGCGGCACCUUUGCGAAGCUGGAGAAGCAAGUCGGGGCGGAGUGGUGCCGACCACUCUGAGCCAGAGAAGGAAGGGGUACCACCCAGCUGGGGUUCUGCUACUGUCAGGGGGAGGUGGCACUGCGCAGGGAAUACUGGUGGGGAAAACAUGUGCCGGGACAAUUAGAGGCCUCAGGACAGGCAAACCUACCGUUCAAGUGUAGAGAGGCAAAGAAAGCUGUGUUUGGGAUCAUGACAGCCACCCACCUGGACUUUGGGGAGGUGGAAACUUUCCUGGACAGGCACCCAGAGUUGCUUGAAGAUUAUUUGAUGCGGAAGGGGAAGCAGGAAAUACUGGAGAAGUGGCUACAGAGGCACAGUCAAUGUCAGGAGGUGUUAGACUCAAGGCCAGCUCCCACUGGCACCACUGGCACAGCCCAAAGCAGUAGUGGCAAGGGCGCCAGCGGUGUUGGUGGUGGCUCUGGACCUUUUGGCUCUGCCAGUAGCCAACCCACUUCUGGUAGUGGGGACUGUGCUGGGGUUCCCUUGAGUCCCAGCUGGGCUAGUGGCAGCCGGGUGGAUGGGAGUCUACAGCGGAGAGCCUCUCAGAAGGAAUUAAGGAAGAGUUUUGCCCGUUCCAAGGCCAUCCAUGUGAACAGGACCUAUGAUGAGCAGGUGACCUCCCGGGCCCAGGAACCCCUGAGCAGUGUCCGGCGUAGGGCGCUUCUCCGGAAAGCCAGCUCUCUGCCCCCCACCACAGCCCACAUUCUCAGUGCCCUGCUGGAAUCAAGGGUGAAUCUGCCUCAGUAUCCCCCUACAGCCAUCGACUACAAGUGCCAUCUCAAAAAGCAUAAUGAGCGUCAGUUCUUCCUGGAACUAGUCAAGGAUAUCUCCAAUGACCUUGACCUUACCAGCCUAAGCUACAAGAUCCUCAUCUUUGUUUGCCUCAUGGUGGAUGCUGACCGCUGCUCUCUCUUCCUGGUGGAAGGGGCAGCUGCUGGCAAGAAGAGUCUGGUCUCCAAAUUUUUUGAUGUGCAUGCAGGAACCCCACUGCUGCCUUGCAGCACCACAGAGAACUCCAAUGAGGUGCAAGUCCCCUGGGGCAAAGGCAUCAUUGGCUAUGUCGGGGAGCAUGGAGAAACGGUCAACAUUCCUGAUGCCUAUCAGGAUCGGCGAUUCAAUGAUGAAAUCGAUAAGCUAACAGGAUACAAGACAAAGUCAUUACUGUGCAUGCCUAUACGAAGCAGUGAUGGUGAGAUUAUUGGUGUUGCCCAGGCGAUAAAUAAGAUUCCUGAAGGUGCUCCAUUUACUGAAGAUGAUGAAAAAGUGAUGCAGAUGUAUCUCCCGUUCUGUGGAAUUGCCAUAUCCAAUGCCCAGCUCUUUGCUGCCUCAAGGAAAGAAUAUGAAAGAAGCAGGGCUCUGCUAGAGGUGGUUAAUGACCUCUUUGAAGAACAAACUGACCUGGAGAAGAUUGUCAAGAAAAUAAUGCAUCGGGCACAGACUCUGCUGAAAUGUGAGCGCUGCUCUGUUCUACUUCUAGAGGACAUUGAGUCACCGGUGGUGAAGUUUACCAAAUCCUUUGAAUUGUUGUCCCCAAAGUGCAGCGCCGAUGCUGAGAACAGCUUCAAAGAAAGCCUGGAGAAAUCAUCAUACUCUGACUGGCUAAUCAAUAACAGCAUUGCGGAGUUGGUUGCUUCAACAGGCCUUCCAGUGAACAUCAGUGAUGCCUACCAGGAUCCACGUUUUGAUGCCGAGGCUGACCAGAUAUCUGGUUUUCACAUAAGAUCUGUUCUCUGUGUGCCUAUUUGGAAUAGCAAUCACCAAAUAAUUGGAGUAGCUCAGGUGCUGAACAGACUUGAUGGAAAGCCUUUUGAUGAUGCAGAUCAACGACUUUUCGAGGCUUUUGUCAUCUUCUGUGGCCUUGGUAUCAACAAUACAAUUAUGUAUGAUCAAGUGAAGAAGUCCUGGGCCAAGCAGUCUGUGGCUCUUGAUGUGCUAUCUUACCAUGCAACAUGUUCAAAAGCUGAAGUUGACAAGUUCAAGGCAGCCAACAUCCCCCUGGUGUCAGAACUGGCCAUUGAUGACAUUCACUUUGAUGAUUUUUCCCUUGAUGUCGAUGCCAUGAUCACGGCUGCCCUCCGAAUGUUCAUGGAGCUGGGGAUGGUACAGAAAUUCAAAAUUGAUUAUGAGACACUGUGCAGGUGGCUUUUGACUGUGAGGAAGAAUUAUAGAAUGGUUCUGUACCACAACUGGAGGCAUGCCUUCAAUGUGUGCCAGCUGAUGUUUGCCAUGCUAACUACUGCUGGGUUUCAAGAGAUUCUGUCUGAGGUGGAAAUUUUAGCGGUGAUUGUGGGAUGCCUGUGUCAUGACCUCGACCACAGGGGAACCAACAAUGCCUUCCAAGCUAAGAGCGGUUCAGCCCUGGCCCAGCUGUACGGAACAUCUGCUACCUUGGAGCAUCACCACUUUAACCAUGCUGUGAUGAUCCUUCAGAGCGAGGGUCACAACAUAUUUGCGAAUCUGUCCUCAAAGGAAUAUAGUGACCUUAUGCAGCUUCUGAAGCAGUCAAUAUUGGCAACAGACCUCACGCUGUACUUUGAGAGGAGAACUGAAUUCUUUGAACUUGUCAGUAAAGGAGAAUAUGAUUGGAACAUCAAAAACCAUCGUGAUAUAUUUCGAUCAAUGUUAAUGACAGCCUGUGACCUUGGAGCCGUGACCAAGCCGUGGGAGAUCUCCAGACAGGUGGCUGAACUUGUAACCAGUGAGUUCUUUGAACAAGGAGAUCGGGAAAGAUCAGAACUAAAACUCACCCCUUCUGCCAUUUUUGAUCGGAAUCGCAAGGAUGAACUGCCUCGUCUGCAAUUGGAAUGGAUCGACAGCAUCUGCAUGCCUCUGUAUCAGGCACUGGUGAAAGUCAACGGGAAACUGAAGCCGAUGCUAGACUCGGUGUCUGCGAACAGAAGUAAGUGGGAAGAACUGCACCAAAGGGGGCUGCAGGUGUCAGCUGCCGCCACAUCCCCUGCUGCCCAUGUGGUGGCCACAGAAGAUGGAAACUAAAACCUCCACAUCAACUGCUGCUGCAAAACGGACGCAGCCUGAAGGGCCGCUCUGGUCUAGCCCCAUCAUCCUUUUGUUAUUUCAGCUCAGACAGUCCUAAAAUCUCCAAAAUGCUCUAGGAAGCAUGCCUUGGCUUUGGCC